CUGGACUGUCCUGUAGCCCCCCUGGCUCUACUCCAGGUCGAGCUCUGGCUAGCGCUCUACGGCUCUAGUCUGUUAUAAAUGCAUACGCAGCUCUAUGACCCAGGCUAAUGAACCGGCGGUGUGGAGCAUGAUGGCUUGGGACAAACCUACAAAACCUGUGAUAUUAUAUGUUGUACUGUGCACAUAUCGUAGGCCAUAGUGGCUGUCAUUUACUGGUAGUGUGAGUAAGUUUGUGUACUGUAGUUACUUCAGUUGAACACCGGAAAAGUGAUUAAGAAGAAAAAGUGAACGAAUGAUUGUAUCUGAACAAGUGCGCAGCAAGUUCUUGCAUAACAACCUCGUCAAAAGUAAAGUGCCAAAGGUUCCGUGAACCAAAAUUUGCCUUUUAUAGCAAACUAUAGCAGUAAGGUUGAGCGCAGAGAACGCGAGGUAAAUACUAAACUUGUUAAGUAGGCAAGUGGUUUUGGCCAGAAAUAUCAUUUGCAGCGCGAGAAGACUGGCGGUAGCGAUGCCUAGCGGCGGGCCGAGUCGUCGUGACGCACCGGAGCUGGUGACGUCGUCCCGAGCGGGCCGAGGGCGGAGUGUGUCCCCGGGCGUCCUGCUCGGCCCGGGCCACGACCUGCCCUGCGCCUGCUGCGACCACCUCCACGCCCGCCUCCUCAGUCCGCCCCACGACUGCCACGCCAUCAGACACGCCUUAGACGAGCGCCGCCAGGGCGACCAAUAUAUUUCUAAACAUUCCAUAGAUAAGUGCUACGUUGCUGAAGGCUCCGUGGACGCUGAGUGCCAUCAGGAGCUCCAGCUCGCCAGGGGGGCUGAGGGGCGCCGCCGCCGCGUCCCCAGCUACCCUAUCGAUGCCGUCUGCCAUAUACUUCAGUUGCCUGCGGAGGUCGACAGAGGGGUCGAGUACCCGGCGGCGGCCCAGUCGAGGGAGGAUGUGGUCGAGGCGCUGCACGUCUCUCAGCGGGGCACCGUCGGGUACUUCGCCUCGCCGUCGCUGGAGCUCCUCGCCAACCUGGCGGUGCACGACACCUCCGACACCGACAGUGACCUGGGCGACCUCCUCCUCCCGCCCGCGGGGGAGCGCGUCACGCUCUAUGGCGACGACGACGACGAUGAUGAAGAUGAUGGUGACGACGUCGAGUUGCAGGGCAUCGUCGACGGCGAUGACGACGACGACGAUGAUAAUGACGUGUUGGGUGACAUUGGGGCCGGCUACGAAGGGGACGACAAUGACGAUGAUGAUGGUGACGACAGAGAUGAUGACGACGACGACACCGGCAACGACGAAGAGGGCAAAAGACACGACGUUCUCUUCUACGUCGGGAACGAGGACGACAUAUUCCAGUUCGAGAGCGGCAACGACUUCGGCGACAAGAAUAAUUACGAGAGCGACGUUAAGAUCUACCUGACUAGCGACGACCAGCAGUGUACGAGCAACGAGGAGUACACGACGGACAGCAGCCACGUGGCGGACGACGCUGCCUGCUGCAGGACGCCCGUGCAGCAGCGGGUCCACACCUCCGUCAGCUUCCCCAUGACCUCCACCAUCGCCCACCUGCUCCUCCCCCUCCAACCCCUGAUGAACGUCCUCCCCAGAGAGCUGGUCAGCGAGGUCGAGGACCUACAGAAGCUCUAUCCGGGGAUCUCGGAGGAUUACCUGCGGACCCUCUGUGAGUUUGGUCUCCUGGAGGAGGUUUCGCCGUCGGAAUCGACCACUCCCACGUCGACUCUCCAGAGGGGCCCCGUUAUCUCCCCCAGCAGGAUGUCGCUGGGGCGCAGAAGGUCGCGGUUUUGGAGCGAACUCCUGGCGGAUCAGGGCUCGGUGCAGGUGUCGCCCUAUGACACGCUCAACAGCCAGGCCGAGUACCGCGCCACGCCCUCAGUCCGCGGCCUCUUCCUCACCACUCCCACCUCCAGCGCCACCGUCGCCGGGACCAGUCCCAGGGAGCGGAAGAAAAGCCGGUUCUGGAUCGCGCCGCUACUGGUGGAGGGUUCGGCUGACUCGAACUACUCCCAGCCGUCCUCGGAUCUGUCGCUCGACGAAGAGAGAGAGAACCUGAGGCGCGAGACGGAGAGACAGGCACUCUCCCAGCUCGACAAGGCCAGGGGCGGACCUCUCCGUGGAGGGCGGGCCAACAGAAGAACCGAAGGGCAAGCCUUCGUCACCCUCCAGCAAGCUAGGACCAAGCCAGUAGCGUUCUCUGUGAGGACCAACGUGGCCUAUGAUGGCUCUGUGGAUGACGACUCCCCUGUGCACGGCUCCGCCAUCUCCUUCAACGUCAAGGAUUUCCUCCACAUUAAGGAGAAGUACGACAACAACUGGUGGAUUGGGCGCCUGGUGAAGGAAGGCUCAGACGUGGGGUUCAUCCCGUCUCCAGUUAAACUUGAAAACCUUCGGCUACAACAGUCGCAGCAGAAGACCUCCAAGCUGUAUUCCUCCAAAACUUCUUCCUCGGGUAACCUGGGCAUGAUCAAUGAUGUUCUGUCAAAUAGCAAGAGUUCCAACUCCCGCGGCUCAACUCCCCCUACCCCUGGACUUGAUCUCGACAACGGAAUAGACUCCAAUCUGGGUGAUGACUCCGAUUCCUUGGGCAACUCCAAGGGAAAAACCUCCAUCACUACACCACCAGCAAAAGAAAAACGGAAACCGUUCUUUAAGAAACAGGAGAACAUCCCUCCCUACGAUGUUGUGCCUUCCAUGCGCCCGCUAGUGCUUGUCGGCCCAUCCCUUAAAGGGUACGAGGUGACAGACAUGAUGCAAAAGGCGCUCUUUGAUUAUGUUAAGCACAGAUUUGAGGGAAAGGUAAUCAUCACAAGGGUGAGUGCCGAUAUCUCUCUUGCCAAACGGAGUCUUCUAAACAACCCCAACAGACGAGCAAUUAUGGAGCGCUCCAACUCUAGGUCGUCAUGUAUAGCAGAAGUUCAAGCUGAGAUUGAACGAAUAUUUGAGCUAGCAAGAACUUUACAACUAGUCGUUCUUGAUUGUGACACAAUAAAUCAUCCAUCACAGCUUGCCAAGACAUCUUUAGCCCCUAUUCUUGUAUAUCUCAAGAUUUCGUCUCCAAAGGUAUUACAACGUUUAAUAAAAUCUCGUGGCAAGUCUCAAAGUCGCAACCUUAACGUUCAAAUGGUUGCUGCAGAGAAAUUAGCUCAGUGUCCGCCAGAGAUGUUUGAUGUAAUUCUUGAUGAAAAUCAGCUUGAAGAUGCAUGUGAACAUAUAGCAGAGUAUCUUGAUGCAUAUUGGCAAGCAACGCAUCCUCCCCUUCCUCCUCCUCAAAUUCAGCGACCAAUUCCUUCACCUCAUACAAGCCCGCGGUCCAAUCAUGCGCAAGGAAACCUUUUGAGAACUAACACCACACCACCGGGUCCUCCCGGGUCCGUGGCUCGUGAGCCCGGCUACCCUCGCUAUACGGAUGAGAGAGUCUACCAUCGAGGAGGGCCAACAGGACAUGGAGGAUCUCGCACACUUCCUUCACGUGACCCACGGGAUAUAAGAGAGCUUCGUGACCCUAGAGAUCUACGAGAUGAUGAGUAUGGCGACAGGCUUCCUACCCAAGAUCCUGGUCUUAUGUACGAUCGCCCACCAGAGCGACCUUCUGCACGAAGACAGCUACCCCCCACCAGGGAUGAUGAUUACCACUCUCCACACCGCCCUCCUACUCGCCAAGCCCUCAAUGUGUAGCAAUUAGCCCCUGUUACAGUUAGUGCAUGUUUGUAGCAUUUAAUGCCUUCUGAUCUGUUUCAAAUUCAUAUAAUGGUAAAUACAGUACUUAAUACAUCUCUUGAUAUUCAAUACUUAAAGAUUUAAAAUUUUGAGACAUGAAGACUACACUAAUAAUUGCUACCAACAUUCACUGCUGUCACAUCCUGAAACCUGUGCUCUUCUAAACUACUGAACACUUUUGAUACCUCCCAGAUGAGACAAUGUUAAUUGUGAAAGACUUGUAUUGGCUAUGGUAGGUUAUGCAUUUUCUUUAACCUCAGUGGUUGUCAUAAGUAAUAUGCAUAAAAUGAGGUUCCUCCUGAACUGUGCAUUGUGAUAGUCUCUGAAGAUGAAAAAAUUAAUGUUGCCCCUCAGAUGCAUAAUACAUACCUUAUGGCCCAUCCCCACCCUCCGGCUGCCUUACACAAAUAACCCCAUUUAACAGACUAGAAAUUAUAGCGAGGGCCAUCCAUGGAGCUAUGUCAUAUAAAGAGAAUUGCAAGAAGGUGGGCACCUGACGUAAACUGUGGAUGUUAGUCUCCUAAAUAAACUUCUCUUUUUACUUUCCAUCUUUACUGCUCUAAGAAUUGGAGAGUAGGAUGACUGUAGUCAAGAAGGAUAUGACAGAAGACAAGACAAUACAAAUUAUUCUGGUGACCCAACUCUUCAAGGAUAAUUCUCACCGUCUUGGCUCAUACUGUGCCAUUCUUCUCUAUGAAUAUUUUAAGUUUCAUGUUCUGCCCCUAAGCCUUAGGCAGAUAUGUUCAGAAAGUAUGAGGGAGUGACUUUAUAAAUACCAAUGUAAAUAUAGUUGGUUGUACACUAAGGAUUGGCACAUUAUCCUUUGCCCAAGUUGUUCUUAAAACUGCCUUUUAACCAUUGUAGUGUUGGAUAUUACACUAGUUUAUUACACUAGUUUUUAAUAUUUUCACUUUGUAGCUUGGAACUGUUCAUUAUAUUAGGUUUAACAUUUUGUAUUCCAUGAUUGUUCACUUUGCAUUUAUCAAGCUAAUAAUGCAAAGUUAUUUUGCAUCUAACUAUGAAGUUAGAUGAAGUUCAAAUUUUUAUAUGACAAUUUUCUGACUACUCCUAAUAGUAAAGUGUUGCAAAAUAGAAAAUGAGAAUGAAAAUGCAGUUAGUGACAGAUACUGUACCAAUUAAUUUUUUUGUUUUCUAGUUUUUGGGGUAGAGGUCUGAUAAAUCACAUUUUGAAGCAUUUUGAUAGCUGCUACACUUUAUUGAAAAGAUGUGAUAGUAGAGUAUUAACCAAGCUUUCAAAGUUGACCAAAGUAAAUAUUAUGGUAUUAUUGUACCUUUUUAUGUAAUUAAUACUAAUAUUAAGACCAAAAGCAUUCAUCAUUGCAGUUGUUGUUGUUGUAUCCCUUUCCUACCAUAACAAAUGAAAUUGCAUCAAUUUCUACACCAAAACAUUCUUAUUCUACCAUGAGUUUUCAGCAAGUGUCCAAGGACAUAUGUAAAAUUGAAGACUAACACUUGCCCUCAAGAUAGUCAAAGAAUGCUCAGCUGGUGUUAUUAUACAACAUAGAUUAAUGUUAUAUUUUUUGGCCAAAAUUUAAUUUACUGAUAUUAUUAUUAGGUACAUAGAAAAUGAUUUAUAAUUUGUACUCUGGGAUUGCUCACUAUACAUAUUAUAUAUUAUAACAUACUAAAUAAGCUGAUUCAUCCAGCUCAAGUUUUGGACAGCAAUCUUAUUACAGAAUAAGACCAAACCUCUGGAAUGACACCUUAUUUAGUAGACUCAAAAAUAAGCAUUGCCAUGAACUCUGCAUUAUCAUCAUCAUCAAUAGAAAGGUUGUGCCAUUUUUUUUUCUUGAAAACAUACAUUUACACACCAAUAAAAAUUGUAUUUGCUAUAAAAAAGAAUUACAUAUUUUUUUUUUAAAUCGGUAGCAAAUGAGAGAAAUGCUGGAAAUUAUUUUAAGCAUGUGUUUCAUGUGUUGUCAUUCAGAUUUUGUAUGCUUUUGGGAACUUGGUAUUUCCUCACAGUAAAGAUUAAAGAAAUCAAAACACAUAACAGUUCUGGGAUGUAAAUCAAUCAAUCAAUCAAUCAAUCAAUCAAUAUUUGUGCCAGCUCCACAAAUAAGACAAUUUGACAGAUGGAAAUUAUAAUUUAGAGAAAUUUCUUAUUGUGUAAAUUUUCAAUGUGUUCCUGGUCAGGCAAAUGGCUUACAUCUGGUAAAAAUGAAUAUCCUGAGAUAACUUAUUACAAAUAAGCAUUAAUAUCACUUUAGCUUUCAUGCAUUUUCUUAAUUUCGUUAUGCCAUGUUUAAACAGUAACCGAACCGUGUUGUUCUCUGAACACACAAAUAUGAGCCGAUAUUUAAAAUACUGCCAUAAUGUCUUAUGUAUAUCCAAAUUAAUUUAUUAUAUAAUGAAAUGGCAGUACAAGUAUAAUGCAAACUUUUUACAUUUUAAUCAAGUGGUAAACCCUACUUUUUAAAUGUUAGCCUGUUAUCCUUAAAAUAAAUACUUUGGAAGAUAAAUACCUAACCUUGCUUGUACAUUUUGACAAAUAUAAGGGGUAUUAGCAGAAAACAAUAGAUUGGCUAAAAACAUAAAUUGAAUAGGUACAAAAAUUAAUAAAGGCAGAAAAUGCAUAUCCUAAACUUUUUUUAAUAUAGAUUUUAAUUAAAAUAUGUAAAUGAUUACCUACUAUUAAAAAAAAUUAAGUUUUUGUCCAGAAAUUUAACAAAAAAAUACACAAGCACACAGUUUGAUGUAUGCCAGGAUAUGCAUUUUGCCAUCAAAUUUGGAUCAAAGACAGUAAGUACUGUAUACACAAUUUUGUGUUUUAUACCUUAAGUUAAACUUUGAUAGUGGCAAUAAUCAUUAAAGUUUUGGUAUUACUGUACUGUAUUAUUAAAAAGCAAAUAAUUGCCAAUGAUCAUAAAAAUAUUUACAAUCAUAAUUUUAACUUAUUGCAAAAUUAGCAUCGAGUUUUAAACAAUGAAUUUACAAUUGAUAUUUUUAAUUACCCUGUACAUAGAUAUUCUUGAUUCAUUUCUUGAAGGAGCUGGGGCUGUAAAUUUAUAACAUAAGACAGUAAUGUAUUAUUCUAUUUAGCAUGACGGUGUUUCCCAAAAACUUUAAGCCUUUGAAAGGAGUCAUUUAUGGGUCUGUUGCUCUAAACUAAAUUUAUUGCAAAAUUUUACCUUUCCUCAAGAUCAAAUUCUAAUUUUGUUUGGUUACAACUGGGUUAUUUGCACGAAACAAAAUGUAACCAAAUUUUACGGAUAAACUAUUACCGAAAAAUUCUGUCAUUCAACUUAAGGAUUUUUAAUAAUUUGAAGAUAUCUGCCUAUUUGAAUUAUUAAUAAUUGUUUGAUGUUUGAUAUGGAAAAUUAAGUAAUAUUAAUAUUGUAUAAGCCAAAAUGCUGUCUUAUACAAUCAGGAAACUAAGAAUAUGAAUGUAGAGUUAAAAGUGUAUAUCUAAGUCAAGACUAAACAUUUAAUUUGCCUUGCUACCCUUGUAAACAUAACUCAACAAUGUUUUACCAAAAUUAAAAGUUGGCCGCCUCAAUCACACUUCUGCAAUUAACACUUACCUUUUAAAAAGUCAGGUGUACUGUGUAUUAGUCUCAUGCCACUUUAUUUAAUUUAUUGGAUCCAAUUAUAUCUUAAAGGGUAUUCGGAAUCUAUUAUAUACUUAUGGUUCUCUUGUUUAGAUAUAUCUUUAAAACAAUUAAGAGAUAAUCUGCCUUACAAAACAAUAUCUUUGAAUUAUAACCAAGUGUGGUAGUUAUCCAAAUACUGUAUUGUUAUACCUAAGAAUUUUCAUGCAACUAAAAGCAUUUCCAUAUUUAAGAGCUUUUAAGUUAUUUUAUGAUAAAUCUCAAAGAAAUUAUGUGCUCCUUUUCCUUGUGUUUUGAAUGCCUAAAAAAUUAGGGAAAUGGUUUCCCCAUUCUUGAUACUAUAAUAGUUAUAACUACAGCCCUUAAAUAUGUGAUUUAAAAGUGCAUUAAAACUGCAGUUAACUUCUAUUACUAUUAGGAAGCUACUCACUUGUGAUGUUUUAAAACACGAAGUCAUUUUAAGAGGUGCAUUCAUGUGUAUUUUGUUCAACAUUUAUAUUUGAAGUUGUGUUAUUUACGGUCAUCUUUCUGCAAGGGUUUCCUCAGAUCACCAAGCAUUAGCCCAACACACCAGGCCACUGAUACUCACCAGGAGUCAAGAUCUGAAUCGGGCUCUCUAAAAGACCAGUGGAGCAGGGGCUCAGAGAUCAUCCCCCCAAAAAACUGAGAAAAACAAAACAAAGACAAGCACAACAUUAAAGCGUGACAAAAUGACACCUCAGGGAAAAAAAAGUGUAAAUGAUUGUUGAUGCUUGGUAACUACCCGAAUGCACCUGAUCUCCACCAGACGGCAGUUUGGCUUGCCUGAGGGUCCAGUCAACCCAUCAUCUCAUUCUUCCCUCUUGUGACACCUACCCAAUAUCUGUAACCUUUGCCAAGUUCUUUGAUUACGGCUUGCUUUCAGCCAAGUGGUUCAGGCUUUACUUGAAACAUUUAUUCUGCUGAGGUCUAUUGCUUCGUUUCCUUUUGCUGCUUCACGAGUGUAUUUAUGCCACUCGCAUUGCAAGUCCUAGCAUUCUGUUUUGCUCUGGCAGUUUCCAGGAUUAUCUUCCCUGGGUCUGCUUUUGUUUCCCAUAUUCCACCAGGGA